AUGACGGCGCCGGCCCCAUCCCCUGAGGCACCAUCCGAAGCCAUGAUCCUUACCGAUGCUCACAUACAACCCAAAACUAAUAACCCCGACCAUGGGGUUAUGGACAUCGGCAAAAACUGUGCGUUUUGCAACCAGUUGGACUUUCUCCCGUUUGUGUGUGAAUACUGCAAGGGAACUUUCUGUGAACAACACCGCCGGUUGGAAGCUCAUCAGUGUAAGCAUCUGAACCGCUUUCGCAACCAGGGUGGCACUGGCGGCUACCGGUACCUGGGACCGCUGGUGAAGCUGCUAUUCCCCGACGCCAACGCACGCAAAUUCGAACAAGAGCGACAAUUUGAACGCAGCCAACUGCCAGUGCCGGUCACGAUCAAGCAGAAGUUGGGGACGAAAGCAAUGGCUAAGUUCCAGCGCUUCAUCGACAGCAAUCUGACGCUCGGCAAACUUCGAAAGCAAAGCGCUGUGUCGCUGCUUGUUAGCUUAAAGAAAGCUGCCAAAGGCGAUGCAAAGAUUCAACCCAGCGAUCGUGUUUAUGUGUGGACCUUGUACGUGGAUGGUGAUUUGUCGUCGAUCAAUGCUGACAAAGCGAGAAAGCCUAUGUUUUUACUGAAGAAGUGGCCCGUAGGACGAGCUCUCGAUGUAAUUGCCGACGAACACAAAAUCACCAACUACAAUAAUUCGACACUUGAUUCCGAUGCGCGGCUCAAUAUCUUUCGGCUUGACAAAGAUAAGCCCGUAACGGUGUCGACUUCAGAGCGUUGUGCUAAAUUGACCAAUGGGGAUACACUAUACUUGGUUAGAGGGCCUAUAUAA